AUGGCUACUGCUUCUAUCGCGUCAACAACGUUAGAACGUUUUCAAAAAGUUCUCCAAGCCUCUAAACAUAUAGUGGCACUUUGUGGAGCUGGUCUAAGCGCGGAAUCGGAAGGUGGAUUAUGGAGAACUUUUGACGCAAUGUCUCUUGCUACACCAACGUCAUUCGCAAUGAAUCCUUCACGAGUAUGGGAAUUCUAUCAUUAUCGUCGUGAAUUGGUUUUAAAAACGGAACCUAACAAGGCUCACAAGGCUCUAAGAGAUUUCGAAAAUAAAAUUUCAUCACAACAACAAAAAGGCAAAGAAGGAAAUCAAACUUUUAUAGUUCUCACUCAAAAUGUUGAUGGCCUUUCUUCCGAAACUAAAAAUUUGGUAGAAAUUCAUGGAUCGUUAUUUAAAACCCGAUGUAUUGAAUGUGGGGAUAUUCAAAAAAAUCGGGAUUCCCCAAUUGUUCCAGCUUUAAAAGGAACGGAAUAUUCAAAUCUGGAUUCAAAUAUUCCUAUUGAAAAAUUACCCCGAUGUUUAAAAUGCAAAAAAGGUUUAUUAAGACCGGAUGUUAUUUGGUUUGAAGAAAAUCUUAAUGAAGAUAUUGUAAAAAUUAUUGAAUUCGAAUUGAAAAGAUGUGAUUUAUUAUUAGUAAUUGGAACUAGUGGAAUUGUUUAUCCCGCUGCGGGAUAUGUAACAAGGGUUUCUUCUCGAGGAGGUAAAGUUGCUCAAUUCAAUAUUGAAAAAGUGGGAAAAGCCGAUUUUCAAUUGUGA